CCAAGAACAGCCUCCUCCCUCCCUCCCUCCUCCCAAAAGCUGACAGCCCAGGGCACACUGCAAAGGAAGCUGCCGAACUUGAAUACUGCUUUACCCACUUUUGCUUCGCCCACCCUCCUGGCCUCAGCUGGACCCUCCCUGCUGCUCACCCCCUUGCUGCUGGGAGAGCCCCACUCCUGGAGCCUGAGGAAACCAGCUAGACAAAGUUCCAGAAGGACUUCAACGGCUUUCCAAGCCUGGGAGAUCAAUAAGUGUCCAGCGGCAACACCAGUGGUCAUCGCUUCUGUGGGAUGUGACUAAAGCCAAACGAAAGACUAUGAACGUGCUAAUGACAAGGGUAGAAAUGAUCGUCCCUUUGGUAAUCUUUGCUACAGAAAUGCUUUUGGACAGUUUAUUGAAAAACUGAGGAGCCUGAGGUUUCCUUCAUUGCUUAAGCUGAAUUCCUCCUCAAUCCAUUCCGAAGUAUCCCUGGUAGCAGCCAGCUCCAGAGGCUGGGACACCAGCUAUCAGUGACUGCAGUGAAGGUGUUGUGCUCCCUUUCAUUUCAGUCAUCCCAAGGCCAUUUCACUCCCUCAUCGCGUCCCUUGGUGCAGGGACGUGGGCCAACAAAGCCCCCCACUGCAGUAGGCACCUCCUCUCAUUCUCCAUCUCCAGGAUAAGAUGGCUGCCCUUAUCGCUGAAAACUUCCGCUUCCUCUCCUUGUUCUUUAAGAGCAAAGAUGUGAUGAUCUUUAAUGGCCUGGUGGCUCUGGGCACAGUGGGCAGCGAGGAGCUCUUCUCAGUUGUUGCCUUCCACUGCCCCUGCUCUCCAGCCCGCAACUACAUCUAUGGGCUGGCUGCCAUCGGUGUCCCAGCCCUGGCACUAUUCCUUAUCGGUGUCAUCUUGAACAACCACACCUGGAACGUAGUGGCUGAGUGCCACAAGCGUGGCACCAAGAACUUCUCCACUGCCGCCACCUUCCUCCUCUUCGGUUCCAUCAUGGGCCGGGCAGCUGUGGCACCCGUCACCUGGUCAGUCAUCUCUUUGCUGCGUGGGGAGGCUUACAUCUGCGCCCUCAGCGAGUUUGUCAGGCCAUCCACCCUGGACAAGUUCCCAUCUGAGUUUGGGGCUGAGGUGCUGGCGAGAUUCCCCUGCAAAGACGUGCCAGCAAACCUCACCAAGUUCCGGGAUGAGGUGACACGGAGGCUGAGAUAUGAAUCCCAGCUCUUUGGCUGGCUGCUCAUUGGGAUCGUCGCCGUCCUGGUUUUCCUCACCAAGUGCCUGAAGCACUGCUGCUCACCGCUGAGCUACCGGCAGGAGGCCUAUUGGGCCCAGUACCGCUCCAACGAGGACAAGCUUUUCCGCCGCACAGCUGAAGUCCACUCCAGGAUCCUGGCAGCAAAGAAUGUGAAGCAAUUCUUUGGAUUUGUGGCACUUGAUAAGGAGGAGAAGGAGCUGGUGCAGGAGUUCCCAGUGGAGGGCGUGCAGCCAAGCCCCCAAUGGAACGCCAUCACGGGUGUCUACAUCUACCGGGAGAACAAGGGCUUCCCCCUCUAUAGCCGACUCCACAAAUGGGCAAAAGGGGUGGAAGGGAAUGGGCCAACCCCAGAGGGCCACGAAAUGCUCUUCUUGGCUUCCUAAGACAGAUGGAUGUUGGAAGCAGUUCCCCAGUCUGCCUGGCAGGCCUAUCAGUAUUGGUGUGCAGUUCAUGGAUUUGCUGGGAAUAUUCCUGCCAGCAGGAUUACUACUCUCAGCAGGUAAAAAGGAAUCAACAGCCUCCAGGUAGAGGCUGAUAAGCAAUGCACUGAGCUGAGGAACCCCUCCCUUGGAGACAACCAUCUUGCUGGUGCUCCCAGAGGGAUAAGGGGAGCACAGCAGAUGCACACCUUACCUUCAGGCUGCUGGUGAGCCCUGCUGUCUUAAGCACCAUCAGAAACCUCAGGGAGGAAGAGCUGGGAACAUUUCUAGCUCUGACUCUUGCAGUCCCACCUGUCUCCCCUGUGGCAGGGCUAGCCCCAGCCAUCCUACACACCCACCUUUUUAUCAACACCAGUAACUUCUUAUGCAGUUCCGCAGUGCCUGUUACACUGACAGGUCCUGGAGUACUUUACAGACUUCAGAGGGAAAGAGAAGCAGUGAGCACAUUCCUGUAGCAACAAGGAUUCAAUAGCAUCUGGGAAGGAGUGGGUCAAUACUACAUCAGCACACCAAAUAACUGAGAGACUAAGGCAGGAGGAAUCACCAAUAUUGUAGGCAUUCAGAAAGACACUCUGUAAUUACGAAGUUGAAAUUUGGGUAGGACACUGAACUCCCUUUGUUCUUAUUGAAGCGUCUGGCAACCUCUAAUGAGCCUAAAUGGUCACAGCCAUGAGAAUAUAAACCUGGAAGGUGACACCAUCAGCAGAAUAGUUUUCAGGCAAGGUGGCAUAGUGGAGGGCUCAAAGGGAGCAUAGCAUCCACGGUGAACCACAGCACCAUGUGCAGCUCAUUGCAUUACUCAUCCACCAUUGGAUGAGAGUCCUGCUUGUUUGGUUGACAGGUUGGAACAAAACUCCAGACAGAAUUACAUACAUAUAAUUACAUUAUAUACAUACACACACUAUAUGUAUAAAAUAGUAUUUUGCUGUACUAACGGAGCAUAUUUCUUCCAGGGAAAGGGGCAAAAAACUUGCCAGCCAAAAGACCACAUGCACUCACCUGCUCUAUUGCUUCUGCAGCACAAGAGACUGUGGGAAUGGGAUGAGGGGAGCAGCCCUCUCUACUCCUCUACCACUGAACUAAAUUCUUACCACUGCUUUAAACAGUCCCUGCAGCAAACUGGCUAUUUUAGGGACUCAGCUGUACUGAGAGAGCAAGACCAGAGAGAUGUUAUAGUACUGCAAUUGCUGACACUGUGCUGACUGUUUUGGCACUGUGCCCCUUUCUACCUGAGAGUCAGACCUAUAUACCUAUAUAGGCAGGACAAUGGAGUUCGGUUUUCCUACUUGUACAGUUCCUCUACAGACACAACUUCCAUUUACACUGUGCCUUUUACCAAAAAGUCUUGAAUUGUUAAAAAAAAAACAAAAAAAAAAACUCACUGAACUCAGAGAGGCUUCAACACAAGAAGAUUUGAAAUAAACUAUUAAAUGAGUUCUUUUUCAUUGCCUUUUGACAUUUUUAAGGGAGUCAUAGAAGGCAUGUUUUAAUAUUCCCUUUGAAGCCAAGAACUGGGAACUUUUCUUUCUAUUAAAUGUUUACAUCCUCUUUUGUUCAGGUAACACCACGAUACUAUGUUUUGAAGUAUCAUCACAUAUUAAACUAGUGGAGGAGGUAUCCCAGGACCCACGAUCAGCUCUGCCAUAAUUUGCCUUUCAUCUGUGGGAAGGCUCAGCUACCAACUGACCUAAUCUUCAGGAAUGAUCACAUGCAAGUUAAAAAAAAAAGAAAAGAAACUGCAUUCACUUGAGAUAAAAAAGUUAAAUUUGCAUUUCUCCUCACAGGCCCUGAGGGGUGAACACACAUAUGCGCUUGCCACCCCCGCAUGCAAGUCAGCAGAUGCAAGGUAACUUGCUGAAACAGUAGCAUGAGCAUAUUCCUCUUACUUCCCUUUGAGACAGCCCUCAUUCCUUUGAACCACCUCCACUUCCUUCUCCUCCUCUCCCCUCCUUUUGAAGGAGAACAGCAAGACACAAUGCUUGCUAAAGGAUUUGUUUACCCUAAGAAUACAGCAUGUGUACAGCCCGGCCUUUGCUUUGUUUAGCUUCUCUCUUCUCCAUUAAUUCCAGCUGCUUUCCAUGCCUUGCGAUAGGCCAGAGACUUGUGCAGCUUGCCCAUCUUUUCACCAUCUUCCUGGAGAGGCAGAUUUGGGCCAGCAGCUAACAGCAAGGAGCAGAGCAAACUACUGCUGUCGGAAAUACUGCACUGUAGUAUUUCUCUAAUAUGUAGCAAAUCUCAAACAAUGCAAUUGUGAGGAUUUUUUUUCCUGUUUUUCCUCCCUUCUUCCACAGCCUUGAGCAUGGUCCCUGAUAAUGUAGCUCUGAGCUUCUGUCCCUCAUAGCCCAACAGUGCCCUUGUGAAUCAUAGAAUCAGUUGAGCUGGAAGUGGUCCUUAAUGGUCAUCUAGUUCAACUCCCCUGCAAUUAAUAGGGUUAUCUAUAACCCUGCCAAGGUAGUCACUCACCCUUCCCCAUUGAGGGUGAGGUGAAGUCAGCAGAAGGAAGAAAGUACCGAAGGAGGAAAAGAAUCAGGGUGAGAGCUACCAAUGUGUGGGAAAUGCUGGGAGCAAAGCAUUUGGGGAAGAAGUAGACUUGAUUAACUUCUGCAAAAAUACUCAAAGCAGGACAUUAAGCCACAUAGCUUUUCAACUCAGCGUAAGCAAGAAAAAUACCAAAAGGGAAGCCAAGGCGCCUGUCUGCUUGGCAUGCUGGAUCAUGAAGGCUGAGCUCACGUGCUCUGUGCUCCUCCUGCAGAGGCUGAAAGCAAUGCUGCUACAGAGCAGCCUACAGGCUGUCAGUUAGGGCACGCUUUCCAGCAGCAAGCCACACUUAAACCAGGCUCCAGUACACAGAAUUAAACACAGCCCUUUCAUUUUCCCUGCUGACUACU